GGAUGGCGUGUUGAACAGCAGCUUCCCUUUGUGCUGGAAUCAUCCGUUAGCAUGCUACAAACAAAACAGCUUAUGAGCACAACAAGCCACAUCGGGGUUUUUAAGAUGCCACCCUAUUGACUCUAAACUUGUUGGAGUGGGUUAUAUGUCCAAUUUUUAGGAUUUUGCCGUCACUACAUAAUAAGGAAUGAGCCUCGGCGGUGCUUUAUUAUCAUGAUCCUCCGCAGCCACUAAGGAUUGCGCAUCUGGAUUCGGCUGAGAGGCUAGCUCAGAAGCUAGCCCAGCGCCGUGCUGCAGCCUCCGUUUUCUGGAGUGUUUUGACAGUUAGCAGCCCUUUAAAAAUAUCGAUGUCUCCCAAGACGUCGAUAAACUUACAAGAUUACCUAAAAAUGUGAAUUACCAUGCAACGAAAGAGACGGGAACUGGCAGUCCCAGUGAUGGCCUCCCCUCUCCCUGUCUCGGUCAUCAUCCUGAUGGUUUUGCUGUCAGCCAUGUUGCCUGUCCACCAGGCAGGGAACUGCAAAGGCCACCGGCAGGUGUUGAGGGGACCACCGGGUUACGUCACAGACGGUCCAGGAAACUACUCGGUCAAUGGGAACUGCGAGUGGCUUAUUAAAGCUCCCAGCAAUAGUCACCGAAUUGUCUUGAAUUUCACUUUUAUGGACACCGAGUGUACAUAUGACUACCUGUUCAUAUAUGAUGGUGACUCCUAUCAGAGCCCUCUGCUUGCCAGUUUAAGUGGUAACACCUUGCCUCAACCCAUUGAAGCCAAAUCUGGGAAGAUGCUUAUCCACCUCUUCAGUGAUGCUAAUUACAACCUGCUGGGCUUCAAUGCAACCUACACCUUCUCUUUGUGCCCGGGAGCCUGCGGGGGGCACGGCCGCUGUGAUUCUACAACAUCAAAAUGCCACUGCCAUCAAGGUUGGGGUGGGGCUUCGUGCACAAUGAAUCUGUGCGCCUCUGCUUGUUCCAUGAAUGGCCAAUGUGACAAGAGAGGAGAACGUUGCCAGUGUAAAUCGGGCUUCAUUGGUCAGAACUGCCAGCUUAGUUUCCGAGACGACAGUGGGGCGGGACAGUGGUGGCUGGUGAGUGAGGGAAACCCUUACAAUCCUCCAAGGACGGGUUCGGCUGGCGUGUAUCUGUCAUCAACUGGAGCCUUGUAUUUAUUUGGUGGAUUUGAUUUAAACAGAGCUCUUGGAGAUUUAAUCAAGUACAAUUUCACUUCCAACCAAUGGGAAAGCAGGUCCUAUGGCCACUCCCCUUUGGCUCGCCACUCUCACACAGCAGUAGACUACAAGGGUAAUAUGGUCAUCUAUGGAGGAGAAUUAGCCAAUGGCUCCCUGGCGUGUGACGUCUGGAUGUACAGGCCUCUUCGUGAUGACUGGCAACAACUCGGCUUUUCCAAUUCACGUGGUGCCCCGAAGCUGGCUAACCAUGCCACAGCAGUAGUAGACAGUUUUAUGUAUGUCUUUGGAGGUCGCACUGAGGAGGACAUGUUUUCCUCCACUCUGUAUCGGUUUGGGUUGCAUGGCUCUGGAAGAUGGGAGACGGUUCAACCAACCGGUGGGAAACCCCCCGCCACUGCCGGCCACUCCAUGGUGUUCCACAGCCCAUCCAGAACCCUGCUUGUUUAUGGAGGCCACAGGCCUACUACUGCUAGGUUUAGUGUGAGGGUGAACAACACCGACGUCUUUCACGUGGACAAGCGGUUCUGGACCUUCUUCCGUUCACGUUUUCCAGCUACAGGCCCCAGAGAGAGAGCGUUUCAUACUGCUACUGUCAUUGGGAACUACAUGGUGGUCUAUGGAGGGAAUGUUCACAUUCACUACCAAGAAGAAAAAUGCUUUGACGAGGAAAUCUUUUUUUAUCAUUUGGGGUGUCACCAGUGGGUGUCAACAGGAGAUAGAUGGUCUUUUAAUGGUGAAGCUGUGAGGGGCCGUUACUCCCACGUUGCUGCAGUGAUGGAGGGAAGUGUGCUGUUGGUUGCUGGUGGUUACAGUGGUGUGGCCCGUGGAGACCUUGUGGCCUACAAAGUACCACUGUUUGUCAGCAGUGAUCAAGGAGACAGGGAUGCUGUUUGUGCUGAGGCCCUUGAUGAAAGUAUGUGCCUUAAGAACCCAGAAUGCAGCUGGUGUGAAGGUCGCUGUAGAGAGUACCAGCCCACCAACCCGUGUGGCAGCACCGGUUGCCUGGGACUGGCCCGCUUCCUGUCUGACUGUCAGUCCUGUUUGGUGUUCAGUGGCACUCCAGCAUCUCUGGCUCGAGCCCCCGGUGAAUUUGGCUGGUGUGUUCAGAAUGAGUCCUGCCUACCAGUGUCAGAGCGAAGUGCGUGCCGUGUGGACCAGAUCUCAGGGGCGUACGGCUGGUGGGGGGAGCGUACCCUUUUCCUAACCUCCCUCCACUCCUGUCGCACCGAGAACUAUGUCCCGGGACUGCACCUGCUCACCUUCCAGCACCCCCGCAACGACUCCCAGCCUGACAAGGUGUCCAUCCUCCGCAGCACCAAUAUCAUUCUCAGCCCCACCACAGAAAUGGAUGUAGCUCUACAGUUCAGGGGCUUCAUCCACCCAUUGUGGGGUGGGCCUCCACCUGCACCCCCUCCCACAGAGACUGUCUCUUUGUGGGCUCGCAUCCAAAGACUACAUUUUGAGGCUCGAAUGGCAGCCGGGCCCAACUCAACCCAACUGGAAGUGGUGGGUCGCUGGGCAGCACAGCAAGAAAAAGACUAUAGGAUGCUGGUUCGAGCAGAUGGGAGCAAACUCUUUUCUAACCUAACCAGAGGUAACCAUUACCUCUUUCAAGCUGAGGGCUACCUGAACAACUCAGGCUCAGGACAGACCAGUGAGAUGGCUCUGAUCUGGAACAGAACAUUACCUGGAAGGAGUGAGAUCUCCUUUCUGUUCUUGGAGCCGUUCCGCUCAGGUUCCUGUGCAGGUUACAUGUCUUGCCUGGCCUGUCUGUCCGACCAGUCUUGUGGCUGGUGUCCAUCUUUAUCCCGCUGUCUGUUGCGUGACAGCUCAGACCUGGAACACUGUCCUGAGGGAGACAAAGGUGAAGGAAAAGGAGAUGGUCAGCGCCAUCUGCUGUUAGCUCCUCAACACUGCACGCUGUGUGAGGAGUACCGAGACUGUGCUGCUUGCACUCAGGACCCUUAUUGUGAAUGGCAAAUUAACUCCAGCAAGAAAGGUGACUAUCAGUGCAGCAGACGUGGGAGAUUGGAAGGCUCCAUAUAUGACCCAAGGAACUGUCCAAAAGUCUGCAACCAGAGAAAGACGUGUGGCGAGUGUCUCUCAAACUCCAGCCAGUGUGCAUGGUGUGAGUCAGCCCAGACCUGCUUCUAUUUUGCUGCCUACCUCACAAAAUACCCCUUUGGAGAGUGCAGGGACUGGUAUGACAGUGUUCAUUCGGUUCCCCAGUGUAAACAAUGUUCAGCUUUAAACACGUGCACUGACUGCCUGCGGACGUUCCAGUGUGGCUGGUGCGGAGACUACAACAACCCUACAAUUGGAAAAUGCUUGAGGGGAGACUGGGCCGGAGUGGACGAUCCAUCUGUUUACAACUGCAGUGUGGCAGUGGCUGAAGCUCGGGCUGAAAACCCUGAACCGCAGACCUCUGCUCCACCCAGACCGAUUGAUAUAAUGAUGGAGUUUGAGCACUUGGAGGAUGAGGAGAAAGAUGCCGUCUGGUCUUACCCCACUUGCCCAGAUGUAGAGGAAUGCAGGCUAGGUCUUCACAACUGUCACACCUAUGCCACUUGCAUUAACACACCCACCUCUUAUGAGUGCCACUGUGAGAGGGGGUACACAGGAGAUGGCACGCUGCACUGCAACCAAACAUGUUACAACGAGUGUCGAGAGGGCCGAUGCAGUGGUAGCCCACGUUUUGAGUGUGAAUGUUCCCUAGGGUGGACAUCUGACCCUGCCACUCUGGUCCUAAGUGGAGUGGAAUGUGAUGUAGACUGUGGCUGCAACUUCCACUCCACAUGUAUUACCGCUCCAGGGAUCUGUGAUGAAUGCCAAGAUUGGACCACGGGCCCUCACUGUGAGCACUGUCGUCCUGGGAGCUUUGGCUCCGCCGUGGCUGGUGGCGGUGGCUGUGUGCCUUGCCAUUGCAAUGGACACGGCGACCCUCUUCGAGGAUACUGUCAUAACCAGACAGGCCAGUGUUACUGCACUCACAACACUCAGGGACCACACUGCGAGUCCUGUCUUCCUGGUUACUAUGGAGAUCCCAGGAAUAAUGGUACAUGCUACCGACAGUGCCAGGGUCGCUCCGUCCUGCUCUCCUCCACAUCCUCCUCCACCAUGCCCCUAUCAUCGUCUUUGGGCUGGCGGAGUGGCACCGAGGGGAAAGGAGGACUGUCUCACUGUUUGUGGGUCUUAUCCAUCACUGACAAUCUGAAACCGUGUCCCCCUGGAUACUUGUGUCCACCAAUUGCCCUCACUCUUCACCCAGACUCCCACACGUACUGUAAAGGUUCUUAUGUUUAUGUGUUCGAUGGUCUUCCUCGUUUUCUGGGAAAUGGAGUGGUGCAUUCUGAUCACAACCUUAUUGGAGCUUUUUGUGGUACCACAAUGAGUGAGCCCAUUACAGUGGAAGCCACCUCAGGUGUAAUGUCGGUUUACUUUGAAGCCAACGUCACCUCAAACAAACCGCAGGGCUUCAAUGCCUCUUUCUGGGUACGGCGAUGCCAGCAGAACUCUGAAGGAGAAGAGGGAUUGUCCACGUGUCCAGGUGAAGCCCAGUGCCGGGGGGGGCUCUGCCAUUGUCCUCAGGGGUAUGGGGGGCCACACUGUGAUCGGCCAAUAUGCCCCCAGGAUUGUGGAGCAGCAGAAGGAAGAGGAGUCUGUAAUACAUCACUGGGAGUGUGUGUUUGCUCCAGUAAUUGGGCUGGUUCGGACUGCUCAGUUCUGCGGGAGCACAGCAGUUUGAUUUGGGAGACGCUCAUGGACACCCAACUUAUAAAGAACAAGGCUUACAGGUUCCUUCAAAGGAUGGGACACACUCUGUUGUCUGGACUGCAGGGCAACAUCUGGAUGUAUGGAGGGCUCUCACUAUCAGAGGGAAUUCUUGGAAAUGUUUACAGAUAUUCUGUGUUAAACCGUAAUUGGACGGAAAUCCUGACAACUUCUGAGGAUGACGGUUCAACUCCAAACCCCCGUUAUCACCAUGCCUCUGUCCUGUUGACUGGUUUAAAGUCUAGUUCUGGAGGCCAUGAAGCGGGUCACAGCCUCAUGUUAGUGGUGGGUGGUGUCACUCCAGAAGGUGUUGCCAUGGAUACAUGGAGUCUCAAUCUCAGUAGUUUAGUCUGGAAGGAAUACAAGAGCUCAGUGCUGCCGCCAGUGGCAGGCCAUACUUUAACAGUACGCAAAGACUCUUCAGUGCUACUGAUUGGCGGUUACUCUCCGGAAAACGGCUUCAACCACCUUCUGCUUGAGUUCAGCCCCCAAACAGAAAGCUGGUCCGUUGUUCCCCACUCAGGCACACCACCUACAGGUUUAUAUGGUCACUCAGCAGUCUACCACGAGCAGACAGAUGCUGUCUAUGUCUUUGGAGGGUACCGCUUUCAAGUUGAAACAGUGGAGCCUUCAGGAGAGCUCUACAGUCUAUAUUACCCCAAUCUCACCUGGUCACUGCUGGUUCCUUCAAGGGGCAAUAAGCCCCCCUCUCGUUUCUUUCAUGCUGCUGCUUUGAUCAAAGACACAAUGGUUAUAAUUGGUGGGAGAACAGAAGCAGAAGACUACAGUAACUCUGUGUCUCUGUACCAGAUCAACUGUAACACCUGGAUAAAACCACUCUCUGCCAUAGGACAUCCUGUAAACCGCUCAGUGUUGUUGGCCAUGACGGAAUGGGACGGCCACCUUUUUAUGUCAGGCGGUUUCAACGGAGUAACUCUUGGCAGACUAGUAUCUCUGUCUGUGCCCUCUGACCCCUGCGCCUUGCUGCCCACACCGGAGGCUUGCAACACCACCACAGGCAGCUGCAUCUGGUGUCGAGGAACCUGCGCUUCUUCAGAUGCUGCUGAGAGAAUGGGCUGCUACUCUGCACCGUCGUCAUGUUCCCCAACUCCACGGCAACCAGACCAGUGUCGAAGGCUUAAGACGUGUAGUGAAUGCCUCGCCCGUCAUCCCAAAACAUUUUCUGUUCCAUCACAGCCUGCAUUACAGUGUAAGUGGUGCACAAACUGUCCAGAGGGGGCGUGCAUCAGCAGCUCUGUCAGCUGCACCUCCGAGCACGACUGUCGCAUCAACCAGAGAGAGAUUUUUCUAUCAAGCAACUGUACUGAAACGAGCUGCGAGGCCUCCGACUGCCCCAAAUGCACAGCUUCUGGGAAAUGCAUGUGGACCCGGCAGUUCAAACGCACAGGAGAGACGAGGCGCAUCUUGAGUGUGAACCCCACCUAUGACUGGACGUGCUUUAGCUACGCUCUUCUCAAUGUCUCACCCAUGCAAGUGGAGUCAUCUCCUCCUCUGCCAUGCCCUCCCCCUUGCCAUAGUCUGCAGAACUGCAGCUCCUGUCUGGGCUCCAGAGGCUCUGACGGAGGGUGGCAGUACUGUGUGUGGAGUAUGGCCCUGCAGCAGUGCAUGAGCCCGUCUUUCACGCCCCUCCGUUGUGAAGCGGGCAUGUGUGGUCGAUUACUUUCCGGGGGUGACUCCUGCUCUGCGGAGUGUUCUCAGCUCACCCAGUGCUCCCAAUGCAUCGCCAGGCCUCAGUGCGGCUGGUGUGCUCUCCCAGGAGGCAAUGGGGCUGGACGCUGCCUGCAAGGAGGUCUUGAUGGUGUGAGUGAAGAUGUGUGUCCACUAGGAAACACCAGUUGGUCUUUCCUCCGCUGUCCAGAAGAGGAUGAAUGUGCAAACGGCCACCACCACUGCAACAGCACUCAGGACUGCCAUGACCUGCCUCAGGGAUAUCACUGCACCUGCAAACAGGGUUACAUACUCAACAGUCUCUCUGGUCAAUGUGAGCCGGUGUGUGCACAAGGUUGCGUCAAUGGAACAUGUACAUCUCCAGGAGAUUGCCGGUGCCACUUCGGUUUUGUAGGAGACAACUGCUCCUUUCAGUGCAGCUGUAACAAACACAGCAACUGUGAGAGCGCCAACAGACCGGAUGUCUGUCUGGAAUGUCACAAUAACACCAUAGGUACACAUUGUGAGAAAUGCAAGCCCCUGUUUGUGGGUUCUGCAAAAGGCGGAGGCUCUUGCCGUCCGUGUCGGGAGUUUUGCCAAGGAAACAGUGAUGUGUGUCUGUCACGGGACGAAGACCUAAAGGCUCGCAAUGAUCCCCAGUCUUUUCCUGUGGAUCCUGACCACAUUCAAACUUGGGUGUAUGAAGGUCCCACAGAGGAAAAUGCUGUUUGUGUAAAUUGUCAAAAUAACAGCUUUGGGGACAAAUGCGACAGCUGUCUUAGUGGUUACUUUUUACUCGAAGAAAAGUGUGUCAAAUGCAAGUGUAAUGGCCAUGCAGACACGUGUAAUGAGAAGGAUGGGACAGUAUGCCCCUGCCAAAACAACACGGAGAGUCCCCCCUGCCUCAGCAGUCCUCAGAAUGACCGGAAAGACUGCUACAAACAUCAGUGUGCCAAGUGCAAAGACUCCUUCAAUGGCACUCCAAUCAAUGGACGCCAGUGCUACCGUCAGUUCAACGUGGACACAGAGUGCUGCUUCGAUCCCACCUCCCAAACAAACUGCUUUCACGAUCCAACGAUUCGCAACCUGCCCAGGGGUCGCACUGUCUUCUUUGCUGCGCAGCCGAAGUUCACAAACGUGGAUAUUCGGGUCACAAUUGACGUUACCUUUGGUGAGGUGGAGGUGUAUGUGUCCAACUCGCACGACACCUUCAUUGUGGAUGUGGACGAGCAUACAGGGAUUCACACCAUCAAGAUAGAGGAGGAAUCCGUGACUCGUGUAAUGAACACAUGGAUUGAAAAAGACCCGCCUCCAUCCCCCAUGAAAGUGUUUGCUAAUUCCUCAUCCAGCUUGGGGGGUCCCGUGCUUUCCAACACGCCACUGCAGCUGCAAGCCAAGCCUCCAACUACAGAGAGGGAAAUCCGGGAGGAGCGUUCCGAGGGACUCAUUACCUACAUAACUGUGUGGAAACCACAGACUGUGCUCAUAGUCAGAGGAGUUCGAGACCGUGUGGUCAUAACCUUCCCGCAUGAAGUGCACUCCCUGAAAUCUAGUCGCUUCUACAUCGCUCUGAGAGGCGUGGGAACCGAGGACCAUUACGGAGAAUCUCAGGGUCUCCUGUUUCUGAGACAAGACCAAGCCCACAUAGACCUUUUUGUCUUUUUCUCCGUUUUCUUCUCCUGCUUUUUCCUUUUCCUAUCCGUCUGUGUUCUCUUGUGGAAGAUUAAGCAGUUCCUGGACUUCCGUCGGGAGCAGCGUCGCCACAUUCAGGAGAUGACCAAAAUGGCAUCCAGGCCUUUCGCCAAACUCACCAUAUACCUUGAGCCGGAGGAGCCCCAGCUCAUCUAUCUGCCUUCCACGGGCGGAGGCGUGGGGGGCAGCACUGUAACACUUGCUCACGCUCGCACGGGCAAGCUGGGUGGAGUGGUGGUGGGCCAAAGGGGCAGGGGACCGGUGUCUUAUAAACAUGAGCCUGGCUCCGGACCAACCGCCCACCACCACCAUCAUCACCUCACCUUAGGAGGAGGAGGCGGCAACAAUUGUCAGCACCUACCACUGCACUACUUGAACACUCAUCACUACGCCAGCACCACCACCGGCCCCCAAGGCCCGCAUCAUCAUCAUCCAUCCAACUACAGCGGCUACCAGCACUUUUGUCGUUCCGACCCUUUCCUCUCCCAACUCAUGGGCUUCUCCUAUUCCUCCUUCAAGGUGGGGCCCAUCACCUUAGAGCCCACAGACGACGGCAUGGCUGGAGUGGCUACCGUCCUGUUCCAGCUCCCGGGGGGAGUCUUGGCUCCAAAUCGUGCCUGUUUGGGGUCGGCACUGGUCACUCUGCGUCAGAAUCUCCAAGAGUACUGUGGCCAUGGUGGUGGAGGCGGCCACCCAGGGGGAGGUGUGGGGCGGAAGGGGCUGCUGGGUCAUCAGCACCUGACCACUAUGGCUAUGUAGGCAAGCAAGCAACACGAAAAAAUACGUUAUAGAUGAAACUAUUGACGUCUUCAAAGUAUAUGAACGUGUAUGAAAGCUUCAUAGGCGCAAAGCAAACUCCAAAAAGAAGUAGUCCAUUUAAAUCAGUCGCUAACCUGGAGAAUUUUGAACAAAGAUGUACAUACACUGCAUAAAACAAAAAAAGUGUCUUUUUGUUGUAUGAUCUCUUGCUAUACUGUAUUGCAAUGCUUUACAUUCAAGUCGGCUGUCUCUAAAAAUGCACUACAAUUGCUACACGAAUCAACAUCGACCUGUUGUAUACUGUAUGUAAUCUCUACGCAGCAGAUUAAAAAAGAUCCAAAAAUAGACUCAAUGGUCUGAACGAGAAAUAACUAUGUAAAAAAAAGAAAUCAUAAAUUUCUGCGUGCUUUUAAACAAAUUGAUGCUUUAUACCCCACAAAAUGACAAUCAAAAAAAUGCUAUUGAGAAUUUUAAAUUUCAAAUUGUUUCAAAAUAAUGUGCAAAAUGCAUUCGAACGGUGCAGGACAAACAAGUGUGUUGCUUGCAAGUUGUUUUGCUUUUAUUUCUAAGUCAAUAUGAGUGAGUUAGAACUGUACCUGGGUGUGUACAAAUCUGCUAAGCUACAUGUUUAUGUUAAAGUGACUUGUGUAUGUUUUUGCAUAUUCAUAUUCAUGCUGUUAAAUUAUUUUUAUCUGCCUUCACUUCUUGCCUUGUUUUGUGAGUCGACUGACUUACACCUAAUUUUUGUAACAGAAGUGUAAUGUGUAUUCUGUAGUACUGCAGAUGUACCAUUUUUCAUCGUUUUGAUUGAAAAAAGAUGAGGGAAGGUGUUUCUCAAUUCAGUUUUUUUUCCCAUCACAGCAGUUUGAUCACGUUUAACUAUUCCUUCAAUAUACGUCCUAUUGAAACUGUUAUUUUAAAUUUUGCUCUGACAUGCUCGCUCUACCUGGUUUUGGUGAAUCUUCAGAAUCCCAACGUAGAUGAUUGUAUUUGUAAAUCAUAAACUGGAUUGAAGGAAAUAUGAAUUUGAGAAAAAAAAGUGUUUGCAAAGUAUUGUCCUCUUGAAACUACAAUAUUAGAAUCGAGGAGUUGCAUGUGAAAGGUUUCUCCAUUUAUUAUGUCAUGUUUGGUAUUCGUUUUUGCACUGUAGAGAGCUCAUGAGCCACUGUCUACAAAUGGCAUCCGGUUGGAAGAAAUCAGAAUGGUGCUGCUGGCUUUUUAUGAUUAAAAAUACUUAGUUUUAUUUUGUUUGCUAAACUUCUCUGAAGUUUACAAAGUAAAGCCCUGACAUUAUUUACAGCCCUCCAUAAGAAACCAUAAAACACUUAACAUGCAUGUACAUUUCGUUCUUAGCUUUAUUUUUAUACAUUCUUUUUUGUUUCUGCUUUGUUUUUUUUUAAAGGGAAGAGUAUUAUUGACUGAAAGAACAAUAAAUGUCUUAAAUCAGCUCAAUAAAAUCUGGAACAUUUU